AUGUACACUUCACUUUUUGCACCGCUUUUUCUUCUCCUGUCCAUCUUCCACUUGGCAGCUGCCACCCCCUCGGCCAGAAAUGUCAUCAUCCCAGGUCGCCUGAACAAUGACCUGGACACCCGCCAAGUCUCCGUCACCCCUUCCCAGCAAGAACUCUGCCUCGACUACGAGCGCACAGCAAACAUAUCCACUGUCGGCGCUAAUGGAUCCUACCGUACCGUCGUAAUGCAAAAGGCAAACGUGGGCACUCUGACCAGUGCCGCCCUGAUGAACGCAGCCAUGGCCAAGCUGCCCGCCCUCACCGCGGACAGGGACUUGAACUCCCGCUGUGGAAACUGGACUGAGAUUGCGCUGGUCGAGGCUGAGAAGAACUUUACCCAGGGUAUUGUGCUGCAGUUCACUACCGAGGGCUUGCCUGUUGGCAUCAAGAACGGCCCUGAAGUAAUAGUCAUUGUAGCUCUGAUUUGUGUGCUCUUCAGUGUCGUUUGGGUCUUUGCAGAGUAA